CAAGGAUGUCUAACCUGCAAGUCCUUUUCACUCUAGUAUAAGCCUUAUACAAGUGUAGUCAAAGUUUAAGCCUUAUAUCCCAUUACCUCAUGGUAGACAAAGAGAAGAUGGUGUUUGCUACUCCUCCAUGACAUACUGCCAUUGAAUUCAAGUCAGGUAUGCUGCUGUUCUCUCUCCUAGUUCUCUUCAUCUCGAGCUCAGUUCUGUCGGCUGCCCAGGAACUCUGCAGUGAUUAUAAUGGCGCCAUGUACAUGCCAAAUAGCACCUACAGAUCCAAUCUUAUCUCCCUCGCUGCAACACUGAUUGCUACUGCCACAGAGUUACACUCAGCUACUGGCAUGGCUGGCACAGGCCCUGAUAAAAUCUAUGGUGCAGUGUUUUGCCGAGGCGAUUCUGAUGGCUCCAACUGUCGCAAGGGCCUAACUGAGGCCCUUGAUGCAGCCAUCAACAGCAAAAAUGGCAACUAUUACUUUCCCCAGAACAAGAAUGUUGCCUACUACUACGAUCAAGACCAGGCACAGAUACGCUUCUCCAACCAUAAUUUCAUCUCCAACUUCAGCAAAGAGCCGGUGUGCACAGUGAAUACUAACCUGAAUGCUGUGAUAGCUUCUGUGGCUAAGCAAUAUGAGUUUGAGGAUCUUGUCACCAAGGUGCUUCGUGCACUUGCUGAUGCCGCAGUAAGUCGAGCAGAGAGGUAUGCAGUAGGCAGACAGAGAUUUGAGGAGACAGGACAGACAGUGUAUGGGCUGGUGCAGUGCAUGAGGAGCAUGCCAUCAGAGCAAUGCAUGGACUGCCUGAAUGGUAUCAUCUCAGACAGGAAGAGUAAGAUUAGCACUGCCCAGAUGGGAGCGGCCAUUCUUGGGGUGUGGUGCACACUGCGGUAUGAGAUGGAUACACAGUUCUUCAGUGACACCAAGAUGCUGCUUCUAGAUGUGCUCAAAAGUGAACAUAAAGGCAAGAAAGCAUUUUUUCGACGCGAGAACACAGCCUUGGUCAGUAUUGGAGGGUUCAUACUUGUAGUAUCACUUUCUUGUUUGCUUUUUCAUGUAUGGAUCAAAACACAACAACAGAGAGAACAAGCAUUAUCUAAAUUACAACGGCUGUCCUCGGUGAUAAAAACUGUAAUAUAUCUAUGGAGGACAGAAGGAACCAAUUCGGACUUUUUCCUGUAUGAUUUCUCCCAGAUAAAAGAAGCUACAAAUAAUUUCUCAAUUGAUAACAAACUGGGGCAAGGUGGCUUUGGUCCUGUCUAUAAGGGGCAAUUGAGCGGAGGACUUAAAAUAGCAGUCAAGAGACUAGAAAUUUGUUCUUUACAAGGUUUACUAGAGUUCCAAAAUGAAACUCAACUUAUAGCAAAGCUUCAACACAAAAAUCUCAUCAAACUGCUGGGAUGUUGCACUCAAGGAGAUCAAGAAAAGAUUCUUGUAUAUGAAUAUAUGGAAAACAAAAGCCUAGACUUCUUCAUCUUUAAUAAUGUAAAAGGAGCACAGCUAAGCUGGUCAAAACGUCUGCAUAUAAUUGAUGGGAUAGGGCAAGGGCUUCUUUAUCUUCACAACUUUUCAAGGUUAUGUGUUGUUCAUCGGGAUUUGAAAGCCAGUAACAUUCUCUUGGAUAGUACAAUGAAUCCAAAAAUAUCUGAUUUUGGGAUGGCCAAACUAUUAUACUCAAAUAUGGCAGAGUCAAAUACCACCAGAAUAGUGGGUACACAUGGCUACAUACCUCCCGAGUAUGCUUUUGAGGGGGUUUGCUCGACCAAGUCGGAUGUGUUUAGCUUUGGUGUGUUGAUUUUGGAAAUAGUAAGUGGAAAGAGGACAGCCCACAUCUAUCAACACAAUGGGAAACUAUACAAUCUCAUCUCAUUUGCUUGGCAACUUUGGAGAGAUGGAAAAUGGGGUGAUCUGGUUUAUUGUCCUCCAGGGAACAAACAUCAAGAGAUAGAAAGGUGUAUCCAUGUUGCCCUUUUAUGUGUUCAAGAAAGUGCAGAAUGUCGACCUUCUAUGGAGCAGGUUGUCAUGAUGCUAAACACACAGAAUGUGAGCAUACCCGUGCCUAUGCAACCAGCUUACUUCAAUGUAAAUCCUAGCGAGGAAGAAGUUUCAUCAUGCAACAUUACUGUAAGUAUCACAUUAGAAAGGUAGAACCACAUAGUCAUCAGUUCUUCUUUGCUAAAAGGAAAUUGUCAAUGCUCAGAAAGAUACGAUUAACACUAAUUAAAUUUAUCUACAUCCACAAGAAAAUAAUUACAUUUAAUAUAGUGAUCUGAGAUUGCUUAAUGUUUCUGUAUGUCCCUUUUUAUUCCAAAACACAUUUUACUUUUUUUUCGCAUCAGCGUUUGAACAAUAUGUUGUGCCAAAUUUCUUUGUAUUGAAU